AUGCCUUCAACUGCAUUAGCAGGGAAGCUGUUCUGCAGCAGACACUCACCCACUUCCCGGCUUUGGCCAGGUGGGCCGUUUGGUGCUACAGACAGCCCACGCUUGCAAUUUGCGGAACGAAGCCUCAACAGCUCGUCGGGAGUUCAGCAGGGAGAUCCCCUAGGCCCACUGCUCUUCUCCGCUGCCUUACAGUCGUUGGCCUCCAACUUGCGGAGCUCCUCGUUGGACCUGGCUGUGCACUUCCUGGACGAUGGCAGACUGGCCGGUGACCUCGCCGAUGUGGGGUCGGCGUUGGCACACGUUCAACAAGGUGCUGCCAGCGUUGGGCUCACAUUAAACCUUGCCAAAUGUGAAGCCGUGGUAUUCGGGCCUGUGCCAACUGCCGCUCUCAGUGCGCAUUUCCCAUCACCUCUGCUUCAGCAUGAGGAUGGCACCAGCCGGGUCCUCCAAAACUUUGAGUUCCUGGGGGCAGGUAUUGGGGAUGCCUCUUUCGUGCAGGGGCACACCGAACAGCGUGCUGCCAAGGCUGCGGAGCUGUUGGAAGCGUUGGCCGAACUGGAAGACCCGCAGGUGGCUCUGCGUCUUUUACGGGCUUGCGCCAGCUAUGUGCGAAUGGUCCACAGCAUGCGGUGCAACCCCUCGCAAGCACAGUGCGCAGCUCUUCAGUCCUUUGAUGGUAUGGUCAGGCGAUGUUUUGCCGGGUUCACCGGCAUUCAUCCCACUGCUUCGCAGUGGCGCCAAGCUGAGCUGGGUUUCGCGCAGGCGGGACUUGGGCUCCGAAGCAGUGCAGCGCACGCGCCGGCAGCUUGCUUAGCCUCUCUGGGCUCGUGCCUUUGGGCCUGCGCGGAACUUGACCCCUCCUUCUCGACUGACACCGUGCUCCAGGAUGCUGAGGUCACUGCUGCUCUCCAUGCCCUUAAUGCACAGCUGCCUGGAAAUCGGGCUAUGACCCUGGAAGCUGUCAUGGCCAGCAAACAGCGGGACCUCUCCCAACGCAUCGACUCUGCCACUUGGGACGCCAUCCUCUUGACUGCUAGCCCGGUUGCCCGCGCAACGCUCUUUUCUGAGGCUGGGGCGGGAGCGCGUGCCUUUCUGGCGGCCCUACCUGCCGGCAAAACCCGAAUGGAGGCUGCCAUCUUCUGA